CGCUAGAAGCCAAGGCAGGAAGUUGAAUAGCCUGGAGAUAGAGGUUUAUGCAGCCAUGUGGCCAGUGAUCUGGACUGCCAUGCGCACUUAUGUGCCCUAUGUGACCUUCCCAGUGGCCUUUGUGGUGGGGGCUGUUGGAUACCACCUUGAGUGGUUUAUCCGGGGAACUCCUAACGCCCCAGGAGAAGAGAGGGGCAUUGCAGAGCUAAGGGAGGAUAGGAAAUUAGAGGAACUGACCGGUCAGGACAGCACACUGGUUCUCAGCCUCAAGGACAAACUGGAAUUCACACCAAGAGCAGUGCUGGAAAGAAACCGACCAGAGAAGAGCUAAAUUUUAGUAAAUGGCAUGAAGUCCUGCAAGAUCACCAUAUAAUGAUGUGCAACUUCUCAAACUUUGGGCUCAUUUGUCACACUCAACGGCCCCAGGGACGGGAACUUGAUCAGAAAUCAAGAAAAAAAAAUCGACCUUUUUUUUGUUGGAUUUCAUACCCAUUCCUUUGUCACUUCAUUCUGCCACCCUAAUUACAUGGAGUCUUGCUGUAAUAUUUACCAGCCCGGCUGGAGGAACUUGAUUGCUGAGAGAAAUUUUUGAGUCUUCUUAAUAUUCAUCUUCUGCCCUUAGGCAUGCAGACACAUGACUAUAUCGCACAAGUCCUAACUUGGAAAGCUUUAAUAAGUUUUCCAUUCGUGCUCCCUGUCAUAUGCUUAUGAGACUGAAGCUCAAAGAAAGACCACCUUUGUUAAGUUUUUUGUUUGUGUGAAUAAAGUGCAUCUAUGCAAGGCAACACUUGAGUGGGACUAGAAAAUGUUUGAGACGUUUGAACUUUGAGUGGCUGAAGCGAUUCAGAACACUGAGAAAUACAUACAACAAGCUCUGUCAUUGUGGUCAUUUGCUAAUUAGUAAUAAUGAACACAGUGAAUAGUGAGAAAUGAAAGGCAAGUUUUGCCUCGGUGUCCUAUUCGGUUCAUGUAAGUACUCUGCACACACUUUGAAUAUCUGGACCGGAAGGUAGAGGUCUGCACAGGACUAUUUUUAUUAAUUUUUUUUUAAUUUGACUUGAAUUUAUAUGAAUUAUCUUAAGAC